GCGGCUCCCGGCCGGGACAAUCACCGCGGGCUCCGCCUCCUCCCCGUCCUGCUCGCCAGGUGGAGCGGGCAGCGCUGCGCUUCGGUGGUUGCCGCCGCGGAAGGAUUAAAGGUGGCGCUGCUGUGAGGGAAGGAGCGGGCGGCGCCGCGCGACGAGGCAGUUUCACCUGAAACUCCGCAGGUGGGGACGGCGCAGGGGAGGCGGCGAGCAGGGGGCAGAAGGAGCGGCCGAGGAUGCUGGUGUUGCUGCUGCUGGUGCCGCUGGCGGCGGCCGCAGUGCGGGGCCGGGUGGCGCGGGACGAGGCCGCCGUCGCCUUCGGGGAGACGUGCCUGGGCCACUUCACCGUGGGGCUGCCCGACUUCGUGCUGGACACGGACGCGUCGGUGCAGAACGGUGCCACCUUCCUGUCCUCGCCCGCGGCCGCGCGGGGCCGGGACUGCGUGCGUGCCUGCUGCAAGGAGCCCGCCUGCAACCUGGCGCUGGUGGAGCAGAGCCCCGACGGCGGUGAGGACGGCGUGCGGGCCUGCUUCCUCCUCGACUGCCUCUACGAGCAGGCCUUUGUCUGCAAGUUCGCCCGCAAGGCCGGCUUUCUCAACUACGUGAAGAGGGACGUGUACGACGCCUACGUGUCCAUGCGGGAGAAGGGCGAAGGGGAUGAUCUGCCUCCCAAAGCUCGUGCUGGGAUGGACCUGAAGGUACAGCCAGGAGAGGCAGUGAUACUGAGAGGUGCAGAGAGCUCAGAUGACCAUGGGAUUGUCAGUUAUGAUUGGAAACAUCUCUCUGGGGACUCAUCUGUUGUGCUGGAGAAACAAGGGGAUGAUCAGGUGGAGGUCUCCAACCUGCAGACGGGGAUUUAUGUCUUCCAGCUCACUGUCACAGACACUGUUAACCAGCAGGACACUACCAACAUCACCAUUACAGUUCUGAAUGCUGAGCAGACUGAAGAUUACUGCUUGGCUCCUAGUAAAGUGGGUUGGUGCCGGGGGUCCUUUCCCCGUUGGUUCUACAAUCCAGAAUCUCAGCGAUGUGAGAAGUUCACUUUUGGGGGCUGCAAGCCCAACAAGAAUAACUAUGUGCGAGAGGAGGAGUGUAAUCUUGCCUGCAAGAAUGUUCAAGGGCCAGUUGGAAGACGGCAGCAGCCAGUAUGUGACGGGAACUGUCAGGCCUCACACUUCAAGUGUAGGGAUAGCUGCUGCAUCGAUGGCUACCUAGAAUGUGACGAAACUCAAGAUUGUGCUGAUGGAUCAGAUGAGGCAGACUGUGAACGAUAUGCUCUUGAGUUCAAUAACCUCCGAAAGAUCAAUGGUACAAGUGAACAAGGUCAUUGUGUGGAUUUGCCUGACACUGGGCUGUGCCAGGAGAGCAUAACUCGUUGGUACUACAAUCCCUUCGCUCAGAAAUGCAGCCGCUUCACCUAUGGAGGUUGUGAUGGCAACAAAAAUAACUUUGAACAUGAAGAAGAUUGUAUGAAAUCGUGUGCUGGUGUUACAAAGUCAGAUGUAAUUGGCCAGAGACUUGAUUUCUAUGAGAUCCAGCAAGCUAGCUUGAGUGCUUUUGAAGUAGCCAUUGCAGUCCUGCUUGGCAUCUGUAUCAUGAUAGUCCUGGUUAUUAUUGGUUACUACUACCUGAAGAACAGAAAGAAGAACAGCCGGCGACGCCAACCUGCCACUGCUACGAACUCUACCCUCUCCACCACAGAGGACACUGAGCACCUGGUUUACAACAGCACCACAAAACCCAUUUGACCUAAAAUGCUUCCCUCCGAUCUGGCAGUGGGGACAGUUCCAUGUGACUGGGGCGGUUUGUUUGAAACAAAGGUGGCUGAAAGACUCCUUGCCUCUUUAUUUUCCUCUGUUAGAUGUAGCAUAUUAGGAAGCUGUAGCCACAGUUCAGCUUUUAUUAGAACUUCCAGUUGUCCUGGAUAAGUGCUCUUGCAGUUGAGGGAGAGUGUCUCUUCCCAGUUCCCAGUGACAGCUCAAUGUCACUUGUGCCUUCCACUCUCCCCUAGAGAGGAGCCUAUUUUGACUAGAAGGAUCUGCUCUACUGACUGAAGGAGCUCUGGUUUGACUUGUGUGGCAUUAUCUCUUGCAUGGGCCUACCAGAGCCAGCCAUCUUAUUUUAUUUUAUUCUGCCCUGUGCCACACAGUACUACCUACUUUGAAACCUGUCCAUGCACCUGUUUUGUCUUCCUCUUCAUGCUUAUCCCUUUACAGUACUAUCUUCCAAAGAUAGCUUCCCAACAUCAAACCCAGUGUUCUCAGUGAAUUUCUUUGGGGUCCUGUGUUUUGUGUGACUGGCUCCAUAAACACUGAUAACUGCA